UCAACUGUUAUUAUUGAAGAUGAUUCAGGAUUUCACAAAGAGGUUAACAUAAACAAGGAUAACAGUCUCCUUCUCCACACAGUGAAUCUGCCGAAAGUCCCAGGAAUUUACACAGCCUCUGUCAAAGGAGAUGGUUGUGUUUACACACAAGCACAUCUACAUUAUGCCAGUGUUCCUGAUGAGCAUGAUGUCCACUUUGCUGUCAAUGUAAGCACCGAUCCAGCUGCUUGCACCCAAGAUGCAAAGAAAAUGUUUGAUGUCCAUAUAGAAACCAGAUACUUAGGAAAACGAUCUAAAACCAACAUGGUUAUGAUUAAAGCAGAACUUUUAUCAGGAUAUGUCGCAGAUAAAAAAAGC